AUGUCUUUCUCCACACUGGUGGCAACCUCCGCUGCGGAGUUCAACUUCUGGGAUUACAUCCACGAGAGGCCGGCUCUACAAGGUGGUGUGUUAUAUUUUGGAAUCCCACUAAUGCUUGUCUUCAUCAAUGCCAUAAGAAUUGAGAUCUAUGGUUGGUUGGAAGUGGCAACAGGCAGCCUCAAAAUACUGUUCCUUGGCUUUAUCGUCGUGACACUGAUUGCAAUUAACCGUGGGGCUGGCCCAGGUACUCGGCCCUUGGGUGAUAAGUAUUGGGCUUCGGCGAAAGAAUUUGAUAAACGGGCGGCAAAUAACUGGAGCACUGCUCUUCUAAUGAGCAUUUCGAUAGCAACCUUUGCCUACACUGGAGUCGAAGUUUUUGCUGUGUCUGCUCUGGAAGCAAAAUGGACUUAUCGUGCAGACGAAACUUCAACCAUCUCCGACGUACUUGAACGGCCCAACGACGCUCAAAUCGGGAAAUCAUUCCAGUUUUCCGCUAGAUUCAUUCCUUUGCUUGCAAUGGUUGGCUAUACCAUGAGUGGAUUGGUUGCAACAUUUGAUAUAGAGCGGGAUAAUUGCGCUCUCCCUCGGCUCAGUUGGCUGUCAUUGGAUGCGGAAGCCGGGUGCAAAAAACCUUCAAACAGUGCGGCAUUCGUUUCAAUUGCUGCAAUGUCCAACAUUCCGCACAUGGCAGACGUGUUCAAUGCUUUGCUCGUGUUUACGUGUCUCUCUUGUGCUGCAACGAAUCUGUAUGUCGCCUCUCGCACCUUGUUUGGUCUGACAAGUCGUCUGGAUGGAGGCGAAGGCCAACGAUGGUAUCUGCGUAUCUUUGCGUGGUUUGGCAAAACGGAUGGACGACAGGUUCCCCUGCGAGCUAUGGUAUUCUCCGCAGUUGCAUUCUGGUGGGUUCCAUUCCUGCAGCUGAUCCGCGGCAAUAAAAGCACCCAAUCCUCGGAGAAUUCCACUAAACAUAAUGUGAAGGAAACGCGGGCUUCCGUGGAUAUGUUUGUGGAGGUAUUGAGCCAAAUGGCCUACUCUGCGGUUUUAAUCGUCUGGGCAUGCGAGUGUCUGGCGUUCAUUCGCUUCUAUCAUUGGUGGGUCUAG